GACGGACCACUGGUUUGCAAGCCUUCAACAUUACUAAAAGCUUUUUUAUAAACAACAAAACGAGUGAUUUUUGCAAAUUUUCUUUAUAAAAUCUAUUUUCUUGCUUGUUUUUGGUAUAAUUUGUAGUGAAGUGAAAAAAAUGGACUAGUGUGCACCUUCGGGUAGUGUUUAACCAUGGAUGCUGUGGUGUUUUGGGGUGAAAUAAUCAAAAGAAAAAACGCAUUCUGAGGGCUUGCAUCUUUUCGACGACGGGGUCAAGAAAAUGUCAUCCAAUUCAAAGGAGUUUCCGUACGAGUUGUUCCGCCAGAUGCACAACGAUCUCCAGUCGCAGAUGAUAAAAAUAACACAACUCGCAAGACCUGAGACCCCGGCAGCUGGUAUGGCGAACGCUAACCAAACGAUAGUUCUCCAGCGGCCGAAUCCUAACCAGGCUCAGGUCAGUUCAUUCGCAAACAAGGCAACUAAUCUGAACAAAAAACCGCAACAGCCGGAAAAAAGAACUUUUGAGCAAGCCUAUAGGGAGGCGAUAGAGCGACUAAAUGCGGCUGCCAGCAGCAAACCAAACUCCCAACAACGGCAGCAGCUACUUGCUCAGGGCGCUAACAGUGUUCAGCGUCCGCCAUCGCCACCCCGGGGAGUGGUCAAUUCCAGCCGGUAUACGGCAGACCCGUCGGCGUCUACUUACACGCCGUCGCCGUCGUCGCGGUCGGCCGAGACUCAAUAUAAAACCACUAUCUACAAUAUCAACACUAUCAACUUAGCGGGGCUGCUGAAAAAUCAGAAAAAUCCUAAUGAGGCCCCGUCUAAUGACCGUGCCGCAUCAGCAGGUGGUCGGCCGUCGGCCCCAAAUGUAUCGCAAUCAACUGCCCGUGUUAUGGACGAAAGUAACCGAUACCGGGAAACAUUCGCAAGCGCCUAUGCUAGACACUUGAUCGAGCUAACUCGAACCGCUGUGGAGAAGAAAACUUCAAAACCAUUGCCGCAAAAGGCUUCCCCAAGCACCCAACAUAGCUCAACUGGCAACAAUGUAUCGGUGAUCAAAACUCAAGGGAUACCAGUUGGCGGUGGACAGUUGCCAGCAGGCUCAGCGGAGAGCCAACCGAAAAAGUUUAAACCGUCCCAGCCUGUCCAAAAUUCGACGGUACUGAAUGGGAAGGACGGAAAGGUACCGUCCUACGCCGAGGUGGUUUCUUCUAGUGGCGGCAAAACCAAUGGGAACAUUUUGCUUAAAAUUGACAGGAGUCAAAUGGCACCAGCAACACCUUCGAAUUUACCGUCGCUUGAUGCCAUAAUGGCAGCCCAUUCAAGUAGACCCAGAAACCCCGCUCUUACAUCACAAGAAAUGAGACCAUUGGAAUCACGGCUAAAGCCAUCCAAUAUUCAAGUGAGCCACGAUGAACUUUAUCGGCACAUUCAGAAUAAACUAAUACAGCACUCCCAAAGCAUACCACCGAAUCAACGAUCUGCCAGUAACACGCCCAAAGGUAUAGUGCCGAGACAACAAUCGGUGAUCGUUACCAAUAAACCGACUUCGGUGCCCAUCUUUGGAAACAGACCUGACAUCACGGUGAUUGUUAAUAAACCAAAAAUAUCAUCACCGGCUCCCGCUCAUGUUUACGGGAAGCCAACCAUAUCUACUCCAAACUCCACCUCAUCUACUGGCCAAACUGUGGCUCCUUCUACCAACCUCUCAUAUUCGAUGGGAUUGUGUACCCCUAAAAGAAAUCAGAUUCCCACGAUCGCUGGCUUGGCUGAACCACCUCCAGCUCAUUCAGCAACACCAAAAUCUCCUUUCGUACCGCCGUUAGCAUCGUCUCCGUCGAUCCCCAAACAGCUCACUCCCGUUUCUUUACCAGCAAAAGAUUCUCCCAGCUAUGGUUCGAAGAGCUCAUCCAGUAUUAAUCCCAAAUAUAGCAAGUCUUCUCCAUCAACCUCCACCUCGGAAGGAAUAUUGAACUUGGACACUAAAGUGGUAACACCGCCACCAUCAUCCGUAUCCAACAUGUACCGUACUACUGGAGAUCGAUCCUCGCUGCAGUUUAACACCACGCAAAAGAUGGUCAAAAUUGAAAAGCGGGUAAACUAUGAUCCUCACAUCAGCGCCAAAACUAAUGCAGACAGCAAUUUUUCCAAGUAUCAGCACAACGUGAUCUGGAAGGAACAACCGAUCAUCAAAACGGAAGAUCAGCCCAACGGAAACGGUAAAAUCAUCGAACAAAAAAGAACACUGUUAUACCGUUCUCGUGCAGUGGAGCUGUUACAAGCGGCGAAUAUGCAGCAGAUGGCAGCGCAACACCAAUCCAAGGGUAUCGGAAGCAUCGUUAGGCCAAGUAUACCACAAGCGGUAUCCAACGCUGCCAUGGCACCAUUGACUGCGCAAAAAAGCCACAACAAUAACAUGGGUCGCGCGGAGCUACUCAAAUAUCGUAUGGAGGGCAAGAUUCGAAUAAAAGAGAAACCAAGAAAGCUUAUCGAUCCGUUAGCUAUCAAACCGGACCCGGAUAGACCGGAGAAACGGAAGGAACCACCCAAGAGACUAGACUGGGCCAGGCGGAAGAAAAUGAAGCGCUCAACCGAACCGUAUUUGCAGAACGGUCCAUGUUAUGAAGUGGCACCUCGUUUAUCGCGUUGUCGUGAAUGUGGCCGAUCUGCGGCAUCCCGUCUAAAGGAUAGUGAUACCAUAUUCUGUAGAUUCAUAGCCUUCAGGAAAUUGAAAUACAACGAUGUAGGACAUAUGGAAGUGUCUGGCUUUGCAGAUCCCAGCCUGGACGCCAAGAAAGCAGAUACCAGUUUGUGGGAUGCAAAUUUGUCCAAGGUGCCAAUUGAUUUGUCGGUCGAGAAAUCAAAAUUCCUGCUUGGACAAGUUGGUUACAAAUUCUGCGAGCUCUUCCAUCAAGAAAAGGAGGCAUACUUCGAACAUAUGUCAGAAGAUAAAACUAUUGCAUGGAAGCAAGCCGUGCAUGGAGUCCGCGAGAUGUGCGACGUUUGUUCUACUACUCUGUUCAAUUACCACUGGGUGUGCUCGACGUGUGGUUUCGUGGUAUGCAUCGACUGCUAUAAGUAUCGUAAAUAUAACACUACUAAAAAUGAUACCGGAACCAGGGAUCGUGACUGCUACUCGUGGCUGCACUGCACAAAUCGGGAACCUCAUGUGCAAAACAAGUUGAUGCUUACCCAAAUCAUACCAGCUAACAGUUUGUACAAGUUGGUGAGGCAAAUGCAUGGUGUUUGUGCUUUGCUUGAAAUACCUUUGAACUGCGAAUGUCCCCUCAGUAAGGAAUCAUUGUUUAGGAAGAUUAAAGAUAGGCUUGAGUUUAUCUUUCCCAUAACGAUAGAAGUAGCGAAUAGAUCCAAUGAAGUUGAUGGAGAACAAGCUAGCGACGCGACUCAAAGUCUAGUUACGGCUUCCUCCAGUACAACAAAAAUGAUUUCCAUUACUAUCAAAAAUAUAGAAAGUACAUUAAGUGUGACUGAUAGUGGAACAGUUUGUUGCAAAGCUAUAUUUGGUAGGGAACUGAGUGAGGAUAAGAACCCGGAAGCCGAGAAGCUAAAACACAAAGAAAAACAAAGUUACACGUUCGAAGGAUUCCAGGAUGAGAUUAAAAUAGAAAGCUUAGAGGACUUUAUAAGCAAGGACAAAACUGAUACCAUUGUUGAAAACGAAGAAGCACAAACGGAAGAGAAAGUUGUCACAAGUAUUAAAGUGGAAAAAAGUGAUGAGCUAACGACGAAUAAAACUGAAACUGUGGAACUCGAUGGAAGCAAGGUGGAGAAUAAGGAGAACAAUGAUAUUAAAUCAAGCGAAACCGAAAUUAAACCAAUUAUACAAGAAAAACAGCCCGAUAAUAAGGAUCCAUUGGAACAUUCAGAUAAAAGCAUUAGACAAGAAAAAGAGGACGAGGAUGUUGAUAUUAAACCAAUUCUAUAUCCGGAUUUUAGAAAAGAAUCGAGCACUGAACCAGAGGCUCCCUACAGUGAGGAACAUCUUUUUAAGGCCUCACCAAAACUUGACUUCAAGACGUUCAACAUGAUAGUCAAACAGCUGUUGAAGUUCGAUAGAUCUCUUAACAUUUCUGGGCUCUUCGAAAAACACCUUAGCGAGAAAUAUUCCGAAUCGGAAAGCUUGGUGGAUUUUACGGCAGAAUUCCAGGUUCAACAUUCGAACAUCCAGAGUUUUCUGAAUGAUUUUCUGAGCGAAUUCGUUUUCCUGACCGGCCAGAAUAGCACCGAUAAUCUGACGGAUGAUGUACAAAUUAUGGAGUAUAAUAGAUAUAUGAAAAAGAGUGUCGAAUUUCAGAACAAAGGCGAACGGCUGAUGACCUUGAGAGAGUCGGAAAAGUUGUAUCCGAAUGUGGCUCACCAAUGGCUGUGCAACGGCAGACUUUUGCGUCUGUUAGACCCGUUGAAUGAUAACAACUACAACACAUUUCACGACCAGUGGGAACGCGGACAGCCGGUUAUGGUGUCAUAUGUAUCGAAUAAACUGGACAUGAACUUGUGGCGCCCGGAGUCCUUCAUACGUGACUUUGGAGAAAAUGAGAACGAUCUGAUAAACUGUCUUAAUGGAAAAUUGGUUCGAGGGCAGAAAAUGAAAGUGUUUUGGGAGGGUUUCGAACGAAUCGGAUUCCGCCUAAUGGACGAACGGGAUCGUCCAAUGAUGUUGAAACUGAAAGAUUGGCCACCGGGAGAUGAUUUUGCUGAGAUGAUGCCUACACGAUUCAACGAUCUAAUGAACAAUCUUCCUCUAUCGGAGUACACCCGUCGCGAAGGUCGUCUUAACUUGGCAAGUCGUCUGAAGAGUUUCUUUGUAAGGCCUGAUCUAGGUCCAAAAAUGUACAGCGCGUAUGGUUCAGCAUUACACCCAACAAAAGGAACGACCAACCUGCACUUGGACGUUUCCGAUGCUGUAAAUGUCAUGGUAUAUGUGGCUGUGCCAAAGGAUGUUGAAAGGACAAAAUAUGUUCAAAAAGUACUGGAUGCAAUCGAUUCGGAUGAAUGUGAUGUAUUUACUCGACAACGCAUCCGCGACAAAGCAGAUCUCCCCGGAGCAUUGUGGCACAUCUAUCAUGCCAAGGACGCCGAUAAAAUUCGUUCACUAUUGCACAAAAUAGAGGUGGAACGAGGUGGCAGCAUUAAGGCCAAUCAUGAUCCUAUUCACGACCAAAAGUGGUACCUGGAUGCGAACCUUCGUCGUCGGCUCAAGCAGGAGUACAACGUAGAAGGAUACUCAAUAGUGCAGUGUUCUGGCGACGCCAUAUUCAUUCCUGCUGGAGCACCGCAUCAGGUUCGGAAUCUUCACAACUGCGUCAAGGUGGCGGAGGAUUUUGUUUCCCCCGAGAAUAUCUCCUAUUGCUUCAAGCUGACCAACGAGUUCCGGCACCUUACCAAUACGCACUCAAAUCACGAAGAUAAAUUACAAAUAAAGAAUAUUAUUUAUCACACAGUUAAGGAUGCCGUGUCUUGUUUGACAAACCCUCUCAUAAUGACUAAAGAUAAAAUUGAUUUGAUGUAAGCGUUUUAUGUUCUUAAUAAAAUUUUAGUGGUUCACUUGGAACAAAUUUUAUGUUUAUUCGAUCAUAAAAACGUGAAAAUGUAUUGCUUUGUAGUAUAUAAGGAUGUAACUAGACAAAAUACUAUUUUUCUCUGUAAACAAUUGCAAAACCAACAUGUAGAACGUGUAAGCUAAUUGAGAAAGUGAAUAAAGUUUUGAUUUCCCUA